AUGAUAACGGCUCCAAUUAUUGUUCUCUUAAGAACAAAGACAAGCAGUGAAAAAGCAUCAACAACAGGUAGUCCAAAUGAGACAAUCAUUUAUUUUACGAACAACAUUUUUUCUCUUACUUUUCUGCCUUAUCUAGGUGAAUGGACAAUAACAGAAAACAUGAAUAUCGAACGAGUACAUCACACGGCGUCCACGUUAACAAAUGAAUGUGUAUUAGUUACUGGUGGAUGGGGCGGUAGUGCUGAAUUGUAUAAUCCGUCAACAGGUACUUGGACAGCUACUGGAAACAUGAAUACUGCACGAGCAGCUCACACAGCAUCCUCAUUAGCAAACGAAUAUGUAUUAGUUAUUGGUGGAGUGAAGAAUGAUGUUGCUUUGAAUAGUGCUGAAUUAUAUAGUCCAGCAACAGAUACUUGGGCAACUACAGGAAAUGUGAAUGUCGCACGAGCAGCUCACACAGCAUCCAUAUUAGCAAAUGAAUAUGUAUUAGUUGCUGGUGGAUGGGACGGUAGUGUUGCUUUGAAUAGUGCUGAAUUGUACAAUCCAUCAACAGGUACCUGGACAACUACAGGAAAUAUGAAUACCGCACGAUAUUAUCACACAGCAACCACAUUAGCAAAUGGAUAUGUAUUAGUUACUGGUGGAUUCAGCAUCGGUGUUGGUAUUCUUAAUAGUGCUGAAUUGUAUAAUCCAUUAACAGGCACUUGGACAAUUACAGGAAAUAUGAAUACUGAACGAUACUAUCACACAGCAUCCACAUUAGCAAAUGGAUAUGUAUUAGUUGCUGGUGUAUGGGACGGUAGUGCUGAAUUCUAUAAUCCAACAACAGGUACUUGGACAAUGACAGGAAGUAUGAAUGUCGCACGAGUAGGUCACACAGCAUCUACAUUAGCAAAUGGAUUAGUAUUAGUUGCUGGUGGAUACAACAUCGAUGUUGGUUAUCUUGACAGUGCUGAAUUGUAUAACCCAUCAACAGGUACUUGGAUAACUACAGCAAACAUGACUGCCCGACGAGAAUUUCACACAGCAUCUACAUUGGCAAAUGGAUCAGUAUUAGUUACUGGUGGACAUAACAGAUUUGGUAUGCUCAAUAGUGCUGAGCUUUAUUAA